AGAAUUUCAACUUGUAUACCCACAAAAGAUAUGGAUUUCAGGGAUUGCAGUAAAGGAACCCGUCAUCAUCGGUAGAGGCCUGCUGUCUUCUCCUCUUUCUCAUCAAGACCCUGAAGCAGUGGUCAAACUAAGCAGGUGGGGAUUGCUUUCGCCGUGAAACCUGAGCGAAAAUGUCAGUGGUCUUAUCGGAGCUGCGCGGCGAUGAAGAGAGUGUAGGCGGAGUGGCGUUUCAGAGCGUGCCGGGUCACGGCUUUGGUGGGGUGUGCGAGAUAGAGGAGGAGGAGGAGGAGGAUCCGAAUGAGCUGUUUGAGAUCAGCCAUGGAGUCCGGAUGGCGUCGCUCAGAGAAGACUUUGGAGAGAGUUUGUUCUCGUUGGAUGUGGGGUAUAGGGAGGACAACGUGUAUGUGGCAGUGGGGAAGUGCGAAUCGAGCACGGACGCCCUUGCCUGGACGCUGAAGCACGCUGUUACUCCCUCCACCAUUGUCUAUCUCGUCCAUGUCUUCCCUGAGAUACGCCAUGUAGCCACUCCAUUGGGAAAGCUUCCAAAGAGUCAAGCGAAUCCCUUGCAGCUGGAGAGCCACAUGGCACAGGAAAGAGGCAAGAGGAGAGAACUGCUUCAGAAGUUCCUUGAUAUGUGUUCGUCUUCCCAGGUGAAAGCAGAUACGAUGCUGAUUGAGAGUGAUAUGGUGGGGAAGGCUAUACUGGACCUCAUUCCUGUACUCAACGUAAGGAAGCUGGUGGUAGGAGCAGCUAAAUCCAGUCUCAGGAAACUGAGGACUAGAAGAGGAAGUGGGAUAGCAGAUCAGUUGGUUCAGAAUGCGCCGGAGUAUUGUGAUGUGAAGAUCAUAUGCGAAGGGAAGGAAGUGUCAAUAGAGCAGAUGAAUGGGGUGCCAUCCCCACGUAGCACCAGUGAUGAUUCUCCCAAGCCCAAGCAAAAUGGUGUAGAAGAACAAUACAAGGAUUCCUUUUCCUGUGCUUGCUUCAAACCCAAGUUUCUUUAGAUGUUAAAAGAGACAGGGGUGUCCCUCUCAUAAAUUCCUUGGAAUUGUGUGUAUAGACUCAUAAUAAUGAAAUCAGAGGCUACCCUUUCGCAGGGAUAGCUCAAUUGCGAGAGUAUCAGAUUGAAGAUC